AUGUCGUACCCAAAGCUCCCAUCAAAACUCGUCCUCACAUCAACCAAAGCAUACUUUCCCCCCUCGAGGACGUUAUCCUAUCUAAAAUCCAUCCUCGACCCGACCGAAAACAUUCUACCACUUCUUCAAAAACACGCCGACGAAGUCCUCUUUGUCCUCAUCCCCGACUUCCUCACACUCUACCCAUGCUCUGAGAUCCUCUCGUCCAGAACUUUGAAUCCCUCGUCGCUAUGGCCUAUAGCUCUCGGCGCCCAGAACUGCUACCAGAGCACGACGUACGGCGCAUACACGGGCGAGAUCGUCACUCCCGCUCUGUCGUCUCUGGGCGUCAGUAUCGUCGAACUCAACCACGCCGAACGCCGGCGUCUGCUGCACGAAACCGAUGAGUCGUCAGCCGCUAGAGCCGCAGCAGUCUGCGCGCAGGGCAUGAUUCCUCUCGUGUGUAUCGGGGAACUGGACCGUCCAGAUCUCGCGGGACCGAUGUCGCAAGCGGUCGGCAACGCCAUGACUCAGUUGACGCCGCAGAUCAGCACGAUUCUCAAGGCCGUUCCCAAGGAUGCCCCCGUCAUAUUAGCCUACGAACCUGUCUGGGCUAUUGGGGCUGCCCAGCCGGCAGGCGUCGACUACGUGGGUCCCGUCGUGCAGGCCAUUCGCGAAAUCGCGCGUGGUGUCGACAAAGACAGGACGGGAGAAGUGAAAGUGGUGUAUGGGGGAAGUGCUGGGCCGGGAUUGUGGAGUGGAAAGGCGAAUGGCGGGAAUGGACUGGGGAAGUAUGUGGACGGAUUGUUCUUGGGGAGAUUUGCGCAUGAGAUUUCGGGAGUCAGAGGAGUGGUUGAAGAGGUGGUUGAGAGUCUAUGA